AUGGCUCUGGAAACAGAAGCACAAACAUAUGCCAGCAUGUGUCCAAUAAGUGAAUCUGAUGUCGCAACUCGUCCAGCUUCCGGCGAAAAUUUUGCAUUCAUUUCGUCAUCCACUUCGCCUCUUGAUGCUGCUGUUCGGGCUGUGAAAUCAUGGUGGAGUAUAAUAUUCAUCAAUGGUAUAAACUGGAGAGUGGUUUAUACGGAGUUUCUGGAAAGGAAACCACUCUCGCCAAGUAGUUUUACCCAGAUGGCAUGGGCUGGUUCGUACAGACUCGGUUGCGGUAUGAAUCGUUGCUUUUUUGGAAGAGUAGUCGUGUGCCGCUAUCGCCCUCGUGGUAACGUGUAUCAGCAACAAAUUUACAUCCCCGGUCGUGUAUGCGGUAGCUGUUUUGCCGGUAACUGCGUUGACGGGCUUUGUCCUACACCUACAACCUAA